AUCAUUUUAAAUACACAUAUACCUUCCAUAUUUUCAUUUGCUUUUUGGUCAUUCUGAAUAGAAGAUUUAAUUGUGAAUUCUCAUUGGUAGUACUUUUAGAUAAUGUCAGUUCAUUACUCAAAGAUCCAUGAUGUGGAUGUACCGGUGACAGAUUUGGAUGAUCGAGAAGAUGACUACAAUACUGACUUGCGUCAACCAUUCGAUCCCUUAGAGGGUCUCGACUACGAGGAAACCUUGCCGGUGGAGCAGGAACAACAAGAACAAGGACCGGGGUUCUUUGGAUACAUUAAACAGGCAUUUACCCCCACACCAGAGCCCACUGGAUUGGACUGGUGGAAAACUAAAUUGAGACCAGCUGAGGAAAGAAUAAGAGGAGCUUUCGGAAUGGAAGAAAGAGAAUCUGAAACACCACCCACUGGAGUACAAUGGUGGGCAUCAAAGGUGCGGAAUGCCGGAAGAUCGCUAAGAAGUACUGAAUCAUAUGAAAUGCAAGAUUUGGGUAGUGAAAGUAGUGAUAAUACCAUUAAUGACAGAAUUUUAGGGCAAGAGUCUGGUCCAUUGAGGAAUAAAAAGACAAUUACUUCGUUGCUUAUCCUUGCAACUAUGGCAAUGACUUUGUUAUUCCUCUUUUUCAAUGAAAACCCAUUCGCAUUCCAAGAUGGAAGUCAAAGUCCUAUACUUAAAACUAUCUUGUCAAAUUCUACCCAUGAUUUCCAUCCUACUACAAUUGUCAUAUCCUUAGAUGGUUUCCAUCCACAUUACAUUAACCCAAAGCUCACACCUUCUCUCCACAAUAUGAUGCUUCAUGAAUUUGGUGCGCCAUACAUGACACCAUCAUUCCCUUCUUCAACGUUCCCCAACCAUUGGACUCUUGUCACUGGUUUAUACCCUUCAGAGCACGGGAUUGUGGGCAAUACAUUCUAUGACCCUGUCUUGGAUAAGCAAUUUGUAAACACAAACCCUAAAGUUGGUGGAUUAGAUCCAGAUUUUUGGACAGGAGGUGAACCUAUUUGGGCUACUGCAAAGAGACAAGGGGUCAAUUCUGCUAUUCAUAUGUGGCCAGGUAGUGAAGUGCCUGGUGUUGGAAUUGGUAAUGGCCCACUUCAUGUCGAUCGAUACAACGGGUCUGAAAAACUCUCAUCUAAAGUUGGACGUGUUAUGACUUGGCUUGACACUCCAAAAAUAUCUGAACGUCCGGAACUCAUCCUUACGUACGUUCCAACAAUUGAUCUGUUUGGUCAUAAAUAUGGAAUUGCCGGGAAAGAAUUGGAAGAAGCUCUUACCUACGUUGAUGAUUUUGUUGAUUUGUUACAACAUGAAUUGAAGAAUAGAAAUUUACAAGAUAUUGCCAACGUUAUCAUUGUGAGUGAUCAUGGGAUGGCGCCCACUGAUAAUGAAAGACUCUUAUAUUUGGAUGAUAUUCUUGAUUUGAAUAAAAUUGAACAUAUUGAUGGCUGGCCACUCUUUGGUUUAAGACCAUAUGAAAAAUAUAGUGUUGAUGAAAUCAUGAAAGAAUUGAAAGUAAACCUUGAGACGGAAAAACAUAAAGAUCACUUCACAAUCUAUAAAGUUGAGGAUCUUCCACUGGAAUGGAACUUUGGAGGUUCGUUGGAUGAACACAAGUUUAACUACAGACUUGCACCUCUCUGGAUUGUUCCACAAGUUGGUUAUUCGGUCACGACUCAUAAACAGAUGAAAGACAAUGGAUAUGAAUAUAAACCAAAAGGUGUGCAUGGAUACAACAAUACUGAAUUACUUAUGCGAGCAGUAUUUCUUGGACAAGGGCCAUACUUUGAUCAACAAUUAAUGGAAUCGAAAAGAAUAAAACCAUUUGCUAAUACUGAGGUUUACAAUUUGAUUUGUGAUUCUCUUGGUCUUUUGCCAGCACCAAAUAAUGGUACCUUUGUGACUGAUAGGACCACUCAAGAUAAUAGUUUUACAAAGCUUCUUUCUUCUAGUAAUUCACUUCCACAAGGUUGGAUGGAUUUAUUAGAGUAUCCAAAUGUUCCAUUUAAGGUUGAUCAUGUAGUUAAUGAUGCAACAUACGAUUUACUUUGGAAAAAACCUCAAAGAAAGAAGCCACAAACUGUAGAAGUGAGUACCAAUACAGAUCCAUUGGCAUCAUUAGACAAACAAUCCACAUUAGCUUCUAUCUCGCAACAUAUACCAAAGCCUACGGAUUGGACGAACCAACCAGCACCAACAACUUCGACAGAGUCUUCUCCUGAGGUGGUAGACUCGCCUGAAAGUGGAGAUGAUGAUAAACAUAGUGGUCAAUUUGGUUGGCUUGGUAAAAUAGGUGAGCUGCUUGAAGACCUAACUGAUGAUAUUGGUGAUUUUGUUGGAGAUGUCGCUGGACAGAUUGGCGAUGCAAUCGGUAGUAUAUUCGAUGGUAACCAGUAAGUUUAUAAUUUAUGUUUAUAUAUAAAUAUGUGAAUACGUAUGAAAUUAUAUUCUACUCUAAAAAC